UUUUGUUUCGAGUAGGCGGUCAUACUGGUCAUUAAAAUAAAUAAAAUUAUACUAAAAAACAGUAGUUAGCAGAUUCAGUCGAUACGUAAUAAAAUUAUAAGAUGUUGAAUGGACAGAUCGCGCACAGUUAUCUGGAGAACUCGUGCACGCUGCUGAUACCCAGCCCGCUUGCCGCGAAUCAGUCCACAAAGUCGCCUCAGCCAGCAGCAGCUGCUGCUGCUUCUUCUUCCGCUGGCGAGGAGCAUGGCCAGGGGGCGGCAGAGGUGUCUGGAGCGGGAGGCGCGGAGGCGUUGCAUGUGGAUCGCAUAAGAAACUGCGAUAUAUUCGUCGACGCGCACGAUCUUUACUUCUACGCAGACGUCAAGCUGUACAAAUUCCACAGCCGGCGCACUUUCGAUCUGCGGGAACUGAAGACGCUGCUGAUAAAAUACAACACGAAGGAGAAUCACUACCAGAUCUGCCUGCGCUGUCUGCCCCUUACAGCGGCCGCCCAAGAAGGUUCGGGUGGCGGCGGAGGAGGAGGAAGCGGUGGCACGGGCGAUGCUGCCAAGCCAAAGACCGGCCGAAAAGAUUACAUUGCCACCUUCCUGCACCUUCCAACCCUGUCCGACGCCACCAGUGCCCAUUUGGCGGACAAGGAGCCCCUGGUUCAGGAAUGGAAACUUAAACGCAUCACCGAUCAGUGCCAAUUGCAGCUCGACGGCCACGAGCGCACCUACAAGCUAACCAACCACUUCGGUUACGGCUUUGCCAGCAAAUACAGCGGUCCGCUGGACACGAGUGAGCUGGACACUUGCCGCGUGUCGGAGCCACAUCGAUUAAGCCCAAUCCAGAGGCGCCAGGAGCGCGUGGUCGACGAGAUGAAGCGCUUUUCGCGCGAACAGUACAAAAUAAAUUUUGUGGAGCUACAGGUUCCGUCCGGUCACCAGAAUCCUCAGCGCUACAAGCCGAAAAUCUACGAGACUUCCAUGACGCAGGAGCAGGCACACCUGCUUCACAACAUCAGCCGGGAGCAGGCGAGGGAUCAGCAGCCGUACGACGUCCUGCGCCAGAACGAGAUCGAUUGCGGACUCAUUAGCAUUCUGCUGGCCAUAUGCUAUGAUGUGCGGACGACAAACAAUGAGCCGACAUGCGAGUCGGGAUGGACGCGCAGCAUCCUCUGUCCGCUUUACUGCUACUUUGAGCAGUUCGACAAUUACCGGGAUGUGCUGGUGGCCUUCCUGCGGCGCAUGAUCACAUACCCGCUGUACCGCAAUUUUGAGCUCGGUCGCCAGUGCGUGCGUGAUGCCAUCGAAGUGCUGAAGGGCGGCCGCAACUGGCUGAUAAACCAGCUGCUGCUUACGCACCAGCAAUUUGCCAGCGGAGAGCCCAGUCGGGAUAGCUUUAACAGCUACUACUUGGAGGACUACAUCCGGUAUGUGACCAGUCCAACCGCUUGUAGCGAUGAACACCUUCGCCUGCUGGCCCGCAACCUAAAGAACGUACUAAUGGAUGUGAACAAGCGGCAUCUGGGCUUGGGAGUGACCGAGAUUGAGACUGAGUUGAUCAAGGAACUGAUGCAGGAGAUGCGCAUGGAUGCGGGCAGCGAGAGCUCCUCCCCACAUCAGCACGGUCAGGGCGACGAUGAGCUGGAUCUGGAUAACGAUGCGUCAGGGCACGAGGACGAGACUACGACUGAUGAUGACAGUGUCAUUACCGACUCCUUUGAUAGCAUGGACAUGGACAUGCGGCUGAUCGAAAAUGAAAUUGUGUACGAGGACGACGAGGAGGAUGAAGAGGACGAUGACGAGGAUGAGGAUGGGGCAGAUGAUGACGACGACGACAGCAGCUCCUCCACUACCACCAGCAGCGAGGCGGAGGGGAACAGCGUCAUCGAGCAGUGCAGCAACAGCGAUGCCGCUGCCAGCAUCAGCACCAGCACCAAGUAAUAAGCCACUUUUCCCGAGUCCGGCAAGUCCUGCUCCUGCCUUGCCCAAAACAAACAAGCAACACAACCAACUUAAUGUCAAAGAACGGAGGCUAAACAGUGAUUACUUUUACAUUUAAAACAACAAGUAACAUACAAUACAAUACAAUACACUACAAUCCCGAGCAAACAUGUAAAGUUACACAAAAACCCAAAAAUCUACUUAAAUCUUAACUGUACAAUAAUUUAAUGAGACGCAAACUCAAAGAUUUGUUCACGCCAAAUGCGAAGAAAUAUUUAAAUAUUUUUUCUCCUUUGCUCUACAAUAACUACGAUUAUAAUUACACAUACAAGUAAAUCAGAACUUUAGCAUUUAGUAUGGCAUUAGAGUACGAAACAUUUGAAUUUUGAAUUCUGAAUUCUGAAAAGCGAAAUCUAGUUGUGCAUUUUGUAUAUACAUCUAUAUAUAAUCAUAUAGAUAUCGAUAUUGUUGGUGCUGCAAGCAAAGAAACAAAUAAAAAAAAUUAAAGUGGAAUGGAAAGCAACCCCGAAACUAAAACUACAUUUUGGGCGUAAGUCACUUAGAAUUUAUCAGUUAAUGUUGUAUGAUUGUCAUUGAAGUCUAGACAAAAAGGUUAAGAAAACUAAUAAAAUGGAAAAUGCAUAUUUUUUUAUUA